GGAACGGUCGUGGUUGCCGAGGCGCAGCGCGGGAACGCAGGAGGCCAUGGCGGCCGCGGGGCCCGGGUAUCGGGGCUGGUGCUUGUGUCCCGAGGUGCCAUCCGCCACCUUCUUCACCGCGCUGCUCUCGCUGCUGGUGUCCGGGCCCCGCCUGUUCCUGCUGCCGCCGCCGCUGGCGCCCUCGGGGCUCUCGUUGCGGUCCGAGGCCCUGCGCAACUGGCAAGUUUACAGGCUGGUGACCUACAUCUUUGUCUAUGAGAACCCCAUCUCCCUGCUGUGUGGCGCCAUCAUCAUCUGGCGCUUUGCUGGCAAUUUUGAGAGGACCGUGGGCACCGUCCGCCAUUGCUUCUUUACGCUGAUCUUUGCUGUCUUCUCCGCCAUCAUCUUCCUGUCCUUUGAGGCAGUCUCAUCACUGUCGAAGCUCGGGGAGGUGGAGGAUGCCCGAGGGUUCACCCCUGUGGCAUUUGCCAUGCUGGGAGUCACCUCUGUCCGCUCUCGGAUGAGGCGGGCCCUGGUGUUCGGUGUGGUUAUACCCUCGGGACUUGUGCCGUGGCUCCUGUUGGGCGCCUCGUGGCUCAUUCCCCAGACCUCCUUCCUCAGUAACGUCUGUGGCCUGUGCAUUGGGAUGGCGUACGGCCUCACCUACUGCUACUCCUUGGAUGUCCCAGAGCGAAUGGCACUGAAGCUGGACCAGAAGUUCCCCUUCAGCCUCAUGAGGAGGAUAUCUGUGUUCAAGUACAUCUCGGGGUCCUCAGCGGAAAGAAGAGCGGCCCAGAGCCGGAAGCUGAACCCUGUGCCCGGCUCCUACCCCACCCAGAGCUGCCACCCGCACCUGUCCCCGAGCUACCCCGUCACCCAGAUGCAGCAGGCCAGCGGUCAGAAACUGGCUCCCUGGCCAGCCUGCGCCCCUGGGCACACGCCCAGCUUGCCUCCCUACCAGCCCGCCUCUGGCCUGUGUUAUGUGCAGAACCAUUUUGGUCCAAACCCUAAUUCCUCCGCUGUGUACCCAGCCUCCUUGGGGACCUCCCAAGGGUCACAACCCCCCACCCCUGCCAGCAGCCCUGGCACAGUGCAUUCUGGGGUGCUGGGCACUCCUGGGGCCUCGGGCUCCAAGGAGUCCUCCAGAGUGGCCAUGCCCUAAGGCAGCCAGGCCUUUCUGGACAAGAAGUAUUUAUUAAGUUCCUCCAUGUGCCAGGCUCUAUGUGGAGUACUGUCUCAGCUUGUUUAUGCUCAUGUACAGUUUAUUAGCCCAGUGUUCACCUGGGGAAAGUGAGGCACUGCCUGACCUGCAGGCUCCGGCCUCAGCCGCAGGCCCAGUUCCUCUGGGGACCAGGGGACGAGGGCAGGGCUGCCCCCCAGCUCUUGCCAGCCUCCUCCCAGCCCUUGUGCCCAGUGAUGUUGGUUGUAGUGUCUGUGUCCAAAUACCUGCACCCCCCCAGGUAUUUGCCAUGUCCCCAGCCUCCCCUCAGACCUGUCAUUGUCAUCAUGUCAGCUGCCUUUAUAUAAAGAACCUGCCCUAA